AUGGCUCCUCAUGUGGCAGAGACCGAGCCCGUCUCCCCAGAGGCUGUGAAGAACGAGACACUGGUAGGGAAUGCAUUGGAUUUUAAUCAUAGUGAUGAAAUCAAGGGCACAGCUACACAACCUGCUGCUUCGUUUCCCCAUUAUCUCCCCGUCUGGGAUCCAGCUACUGCAAACCAGCCAGCCCUUAAGUCUUUUGAGCACUACGACCACGGCAAGGAUGCCGAUCCAUCCUUUCGAGAUCUUUUGCCUCAAGGACAAGUUAUAGUGGACGACCUUACCCCAAGCAUUGGUACCGAGGUUCAAGGAGUUCAGCUGAGCCAACUGACCAAGAAGGGAAAAGAUCAAUUGGCACUAUUAGUGGCGCAGAGGAAAGUUGUUGUCUUCCGCGAUCAGGAUUUUGCCAAUCUACCUAUUGAUAAAGCACUGGAGUUCGGGGAGUACUUUGGAAGACACCACAUCCAUCCUACCUCCGGUACCCCUCAGGGCUAUCCGGAAAUUCACUUAGUUCAUCGUGCGGCCGAUGAUAACCUAUUAUCGGGGUUCUUGGCUAAUCACACCACAUCUGUCUAUUGGCACUCGGAUGUCACCUAUGAGGAACAGCCCCCAGGAACUACAUUCCUCUACUUAUUGGAUGGUCCAAAGACGGGGGGUGAUACAUUGUUCACAGAUACCGUUCAAGCCUACAAUCGUCUUUCUCCCGAGUUCAAGAAGAGGCUACAUGGUUUGAGAGCAGUCCACUCAGCUGUAGAACAGGCUCAAUCGAACAAAGAGCGAGGCGGCAUUGUUCGCCGCCAGGCUGUUGAGCAUGAGCACCCUAUUGUGCGAACCCACCCUGUGACCGGUGAAAAGUCAAUAUUUGUCAACCCUCUUUUUACCCGUCACAUUGUUGGGUAUAAGAAGGAAGAAUCGGACUACCUAUUGAAGUUCUUAUAUGAUCAUAUCGGCCAAUCACAAGAUCUACAGGUGCGUCUAAGAUGGCAACCGGGAACAGUUGUAGUCUGGGAUAACCGAGUGACCUCCCAUACUGCCAUUUUCGAUUGGCAUGAUGGUCAGCGGCGCCAUCUUGCCCGGAUUACCCUCCAGGCCGAGCGUCCAUAUGAGACCCCAUUUGAGGGAUAA